CUUCGUUCUCCUCCAGGGGCUUUGAGUCUGGAAGGAGAAAGCACCACCAGCUCUGACCUGGGCAGACUUUUCGGGAAGAUGCAGCAGCUCCUGCUCCUCUUGGUCUUUCUCCUGCCCCUCGGGGCUGGGGCAGGCUGAACUGCUGCCCAGGAGACAGAGUGCACUUGACCUCCGAGGUGACAAGUGACUGCACCCAUCACUCUCACUGUGGCCACGGCACCACAGCAAGGAGCUGGCAGCCCAGCUUCAGUCUGCCUCUCCACCUUCCCUGCCUUCCAGGUUCCUGGCUGCUCCACUGUCUUUGGAAGACCCUCCUGCAUUCCCUGUGGCCUUAAUCCCACUAGUGCUACCCUCGCCAAACCUCUUCCAAAGGCUAAUUGGGAGUCAGGCGUUCAUGCAGACAACACACACUUACAGAGCACCUAGGAUGUGUUAUGCCCUAGGAUGAGAAUUUUUAGAAAUUCUCAUCCAUCAGUUCAUGAGUUGAUUAUUAGAAAAUGGCACCAAUGUGGAGGUUAGCAUAGAGGCUCAGGGGGGGUCUGGGAAACUCACAAAGAAAGAAGAAAUCAGGGUAAUGAUGUGUCUACAUCCUUGAAGACAGAUCCUGUCCCCUCCAAAACCAUGUCUGAAUUGGACGUGCCAAAGGAGAUCAUCGGGGGCCACGAGGCCAAGCCCCAUUCCCGCCCCUACAUGGCGUUUCUCCAGUUCCUGGCUCAGGGGAGUAAGAAACGGUGCGGCGGUGUCCUGGUGCGAGAGGACUUCAUUCUGACAGCUGCUCACUGCUGGGGCAGCUCAAUAAAUGUCACCCUGGGGGCCCACAAUAUCAAGGAGCAGGAAAAGACCCAGCAGCUCAUUGCUGUGAGAAGAGCCACCCAGCACCCAGCCUAUAAUCCCAAGAACUACUCCAAUGACAUCAUGUUACUGCAGCUGGAGAGAAAGGCCAAACGGACUGCAGCCGUGCGCCCCUUCAGCCUGCCCAGGAGCAAGGCCCGGGUGAGGCCAGGGCAGGUGUGCAGUGUGGCUGGCUGGGGGCGGGUCGCAGUGGGUAUUACGACAACCACACUGCAUGAGGUGCAGCUGACUGUGCAGGGGGAUCAGGUGUGCACCUCCCUCUUCCCCGGCUAUUACAGCAGGGCCGCCGAGAUAUGCGUGGGGGACCCGGAGAAGAUGAAGAUCAGUUUCCAGGGGGACUCCGGGGGGCCUCUCGUGUGUAACAAUGUGGUCCAGGGGAUUUUUUCCUGUGGACCAAAAAACGGGACACCUCCAGGGGUCUUUGUCAAGGUCUCACACUUCCUGCCCUGGAUAAAGAAAAUAAUGAAACACCAUUAACUGCAGGCAUCAGGCUAAGCUUCCUCUGUGACUGACCACCUUUUCUGGGGCAGAGGCAAGGAUUCCGUGGCAGGAUUACAGGGCCAUAAUAAAUGGAUCUCUAGAAUGAAAAUGACUGAGGUCUCAUAUAUUUAUUGAACCACUUUUGCUAUGCAGCAACAUGGCUCCAGGAAGCCCUCUGCUACACUUCCUGUUUUUUCUUCCUCCUUUCUCCUCUAGCUCUUCCUUCUCCCUAAACCCCAUGCAGUUUAGUUUCUCAUCAACUUCUCAAUCACACUGUAACACUUUUUGAUGCCAGGGCUGAGUCUGAAAUCCAUUAUAAAAGAAAAAUCUUGUCCCCCCAGAAUGAAUUCUCCAGCCCUUGGGAACUUCUUAUCUCCUCUAAGCCAAGCACCUUCAUCAUUCCCCCAACAAUUUAGCAGAGACGGGUGAUAGCUCAAGGGACCCACCAUGGACACCAUUCCCAAUUUCCAGGGCCUCUAUCUCCAGGGAGGCAGGCUUUUCCCCCAGGACAGUCUGCAGCUUAGGGAACUGAGAUGUUCCUAUGAAGCCCCUCAGUCCACCCAGGUUCCAUUUUCCUGCCCUGCCCUGAGCCCAUCACUGAGCUCAGCCAACCUUCCUUCCAGGCUGACCUUCCCACACCGGCCCCUAUUUUCCAUCUGAGCGCCGGUGGCCACCAGCCACUUUACCUUCAGCCCACCCUGUUUUGAGCCAGCCCCUCUCUCAACUCCUCGUGAAAUUCCCAGAGCCCCGUGUGGAUUCUCCUCUAUUGCUAGUCCCAGCCAAACCUGGGCUGCCAGCCCCCCUGAUGCCUACCAAAGGGGCCACCUCCCACCUGCACGGGGCCGGAGCCCUCCGACCAUUCUCAAGAACUCUGCCAUCAGCAGUCUCAGCGCCUUGCGGCCUGCAGGGGUCUCCGUGCCCAGGCUCCCCCUGCUGGCCAUCUGGAUUAUGGCCACUUUGUGAGCCAGAGGGAAAGUACCACUUUACCAUCCCUCAAUUAGGCAAAUACUUGUUGACCUCUCUCUUUGUGCCAGGCACACAACAGGCUUUGUUCCUGCCCUCAGAAAACUUGCGCGGUGAUGAGAAAUUUCCUUUAAAUUCCCCUGGUUCCUUUUCUUCCACC